CCCGACACCCCCAAAAACCAGAGGAAGGCAGACGCGCCCCUUGGGACUUAUAAGUCUCCCGUGUCCACCUCCUCCCACACUCUUCCAGUCCGUGAUAAUCAACAACAAUAUCCACAACUCUGAAGUCUUAUACGAACAAGACCUUUCAACACUCAACAUCUGUCUACACAUCGCAGCCAUGUACGGCUCAUACGGUUCAUACAGCUCCAUGGGCUCCGUCUCCAUGACCGCCCCCAUCGAUAUCUCUCCCAGCAACAUGCUCGCCCACGACCGGUCGUGCGCCUUCCCUUCUUGGCCACGCCGCGAUACCCUCGCCGACUUUGACGGCGAACCCAGAGCCACCUCUUACCUUUCCGACGAGGACCUCUUCCCCCAGGAUUUCGAGGACGACUCCCACAGCGUCUCCAGCCACGGCAGCUUCUCUUCGCCCAACUCCCGCUCUCCCCAGAUCUCCGAGGUCGAGCUCCUCGAGAUGGAACGCGAACGCAUGGCUAUGCAGCGCGAGGCCCUCCGCUGCGUCAUGGCCGAGAAGGAACGUCGUCGCCAAGCAGCUCUCCAGCAAAAGAAGUCGCAACGACGCGGCAGCUCUAAGAAGAGCCCCAAGAACAAGCUCGCCUCCAUGACUCCCAUCGCCGAGUGAGAGCUUCCCACGAUAAAGCUGCAAGCUCUUUACUACCUGGCAUGUGGCAACGCGCAACCAUCUAUUGUUCGGACGAGCAUACUCUAGCUCGCCGACACACCUCGACAAACCCUAAUCCAUAAUAUCGGCAGCCUUUACAGCAUGGCGCCGGCAAAGACCACCAAAUCAGAACGGCUCUGACCCAGAACAUCCAAUAUGCUCCGACGGUCUAGGUCUCUGGUCUUCAAACACAAACACGCCU